AUGCGAAUGAGCGAACUAAAUCAUCUGGGAGAGGGUGGGAUGUCGAAAAGUGAAGGUCCGGCCAAAUCUCGGGUGCGCGUCAAUUUUCGCGCGGGUGGAAGUAACACGCGAAUAUGGAGUGAGUUCCGGGAGAGAAAGGGGGAGGGUGGUGAUUAUUUUGUCUUAGACUUAAGCAAGCGAGAACGAGCAUCUACUUGUCAACGUGAGAGGAAGUCUGUCGAGGUUAAGCAAACGCGAAUGCCUCGUGCAGCUCCAAAAGCUGGAGACGGGACUAGCCUGAUUGGGUAUGACGCCUAA